CAAAAUGAAUGCUGUCAUUUCUGUAAAUACAAGCGUCACUUUCAAAUUAUUAAUUUAACGGUUUUUAUUUGAACGUUGCCUUGUAUUUGUGUGUGCUUGUAUUAAAAAAUUACAUUACUGACGGUGGCGUGUUUUAAAAUAAAAGAAAUUAGUGCCCAGUUAUUUUGUGUCGAAGAGAAUUAUGGAUCUCUCAGACAUUUUCCGAAAAGGACUUCAGAACUUACACAAGGAUAUUUUUGACAAGAACUACAAGAGAAAAAGUUUGCUUUCACGCAAGGAAUCUCUCAUGAACGCUAGAAGACAAACUAGAGACACUCUCAUGUUUAACAAGCGAAAUAUAGAUAUUAAUAUGUCGCCAUACAUUACCCCUGAACCAGAGAAGAAAAGAAAUGUUGAUCCCCCUAAACCUAAAGUUGAACAACCACAACCAAGUAAGAGAUAUGAAAUGUUAAAACAGUGGAAAGAGAAAAGAAAUAAACAGAAAGAAGAGGAGAAGAAACGGGCUAAGCCACUUUUUAAAGUAUGCCAUGUAAAUCAAGACAUAGGAUUACCCAAUUUAGACAACGUAAAUAAGGAGAUUAAGGGUAAGCCUAUAAAAACAUUUAGCACACCUACUGUACUGUCAUUUGCACCCGCGAAUCAUGCAUUUAAACCCCCAAACAACAUGCAUUCAGUGCAAUUUGCCAAGCCAGUUGAAAGGAAUAGAAAGCCAAAUAACUCAUUGUUGUCAAGUCAAAAACCCGCAAACGCUACGAAGUCGCUGAUAAAAUCAGAGUCUAGAAUUAAUGUUGCAAAAAAUCAUCCAAGGACUGAAACUAGAGCUAAUGGAAAUGUCUCUAAAAAUAAAUCAAUUGAACCAAGAAUUACUCAAAAGAAACCAGUAACUCAACAACGAGAAAUCAUUAAAAAACCCACAAAUCAUACGAAAUCAUACACUGCUAAGACGAAUCUUUUUAGCCCUCAAAUGACAGCAAAUAAUGGACAAUUGGCAAAACCAUCACAAGCCAGUAAGAAUGUUGGAUGGAAUCUACAUGACACAUUUGAUAUGUCAGAUGAUAUAUGUGAUCAAAAAGAACGUUCAGGGAAAAAGUAUAAAAAAACUCCUAUAAAACCAAGGAAUCAAAUUAAUAAAUCAAUUGAACAACCAACACCUGAUGAAAUAUCUCCCAUUGAAAAGAAGGGCAGUGGCUUAAAAAAAUCAGUGGGAAAACAUGUAACACCGAACAAGAAUAUAUCUACAUACAACAAAUUAACCAAUAAAACACCAACCAACACUACAAAAAUGGAGGUUUUUAAAACACCAGUAGGAAAAGCUAAAACUCCAAAAGUCAAUAGAUCUGUAAAAGGUACACCAUCAUCAAUAGUAAAAAGUAAAAUAUCAGCAUCUCGAGAAAGCAGUAAAUCAAAAAAAGAUAGUAGUGUAAUAGUUAUUGACGAUAGUGUUGAAGACGAUGAUCUCGAAGAUGAACUAGAAAAGGUAGUUAUAUAUGAUGAUGAGGAAAUCACAUUAAAGACUCCUAUUAAAAAGAGUCGCAUGUCGAGAGUUUCUAGUGUUAGAAAAUCUAGUGUUACAAAAUCAAAAAAACUGACAAGUAAUACCGAUAGUAUGCUAUUUAAUGAUAUAGAUAAUACUUUUGAUGCUGAGUUACAAACAAUUAAUAUGAUGGAUGGAAUACUUAAAAGUGAAAAGAAAUCUACUAUUAAUAACAACAAGGAUAUAAAUUCGGAAAAACGAACUCCUGAAAAUAAAUCUCUAAGAAAUAAUAAUAAAAGUAAUAUCCAGGAAGAAAUAGGAUCAAAUGAAAAAACGCCAAAUAAUAAAAAAAGAGAAAGUACAUACAUUAGUCCCUUUGUAACAAUAUCCAGAGGAAAAGAGGCUGCUAGGAAGGAAUUUGAAAUCAGAAAAUCUACAGGUGGCACCUUUAUUUCACCAGAAGGUAAAGAUUUCUCCAACACUACGAGUCCUCAAGCUGGUGCUGACUAUUUUGAAAAAUUGUUAAAUAGUCAGAUUACCAGAAUUACAGCAAAGUGUGCUGCAUGGGAAAUUUAUCAAGAAAGCAAUAACCUAUCGGAGGAAACUAACGAUAUGAUCAAUGUUGUCGUUGGUCAAUCUAAUUUGUUGAUCACCAAAAAGUUUGAACAGUUUAGAGGCUUGAUCUCUGAAUGUAAAUCCUUUGAGUACAAAGAAAAACCGAUAACAUGUGAAGACUUACAUGGAUUUUGGGAUAUGAUGUAUAAUCAGGUUAUCAAUUUAGAUAAUAGAUUUGAAAAUUUAGAAAAAUUGAGGAAUAAUAACUGGGAGGAAAUCCUACCUGAAAAAAAAGUUGUACCAAAACGGGGAAGAGGUCGUCCUAAGAAACCAACGACAUCUUCAUCGUCUUCAAUAAGAGAAAUGAUUAAAGCAGCUAGAAAUAAACGGAAGCAAGAUGAAGGGGCAACUUUGGUUCUAAAAACACCAGAGCCUGUUAAGAAAUUAACGCAUGUUAACAAUGGUACAAAAGACAGCCUCAGAGUCUCACUCCUGAAAGGUUCAGCCGUGAAGCGGCUCAGUUCUCCCGGAUUGACGAUGAUGAAAGUUACUCAAGCCAUAAAAGCGGGCGACGGAAUAACUCCUAGUAAAAGUAUUCUCAAGACAAGCAUGUCAAAUUCGAUCAAAAGGCGGCAUACAAAAUCUGUACUUUUCGCUGAUGAUCCAAAAGUGGAAAAGGUGUCAAGAAAUUUGAGUUUUAAUUUGGAGGACAAGGAAAACAACCCCGCAGAAGAUAUACACGUUAACAAUGAUGACGGUAAGAAUAAUGAUAAUACUACUCCAGUGAGAAGAUCAUCACGAAGACUGAGUAAAACAAAGUGUAAAUCGUCCUUAUGCUCGUAAAUAUUUAUUGUCUUCAUACAGUGCCCGUCUAAAGUUAAUCCCUAAACUAUUUUUAGAACUACACUGCACGUCAUAGAAAACGGGCACCCUAAAAAAUGGGUAAUUUUUGAUGUCGCGUAUCUCCUAAACCUGUUGUCCGAUUUAAAUGAUUUUUUGAAUAUGUUAUAGCCUUAUUCUUUGUUAAUAUCACUGUAAUAAUAUUUUUGCUAAACAGGUAAAUUUUCAUUCUAUACCGGGUGUACGAAUCAAACUGUUUUUUUCUCAAAGUUCGCAACACCCUGUGGAAUAUUCUAACAUUUAUAAAAUACUGAAAUUAAAACCCAACUAUAGCCUCAGGUUUUCUCAACAUUCUGUUUUUUUUAUUCAUUUGCUUAUGUUGGAUAAUACAAAAGUUAGGUACUUUAACAACUAGCCAUGUUCUUUUUCAGUACAGGAUGUUUCUAAAUGACGGUUUGCUUUAUAAUCAUAUGUCCGCAAAUGCUUCGUUUCCGAGAUACGGGAUGUUGAAUUUUUUCUUACAAACUGACGAUUUAUUUAUUGAUUUAAAGCCGGUUGAGAUAUGCAAAUGAAAUUUGGUGGGUUUUAAGACGUAGUUAUUGCACAUUUUUGUCAUACAAUUAAGAAUUUUAUAUUCACCAUUGGCGUGCAUACGGGUAAUAUGAUCGGUCAUAUUACCCGUAUGCACGCCAAUUGUGAAUAUAAAAUUCUUAAUGCAAGUCAAACAAUUCGCAAUGACUAUCUCUUAAAACCUACUAAAUUUCAUUUGCAUAUCUCAAUCGGUUUUAGGGCAAUAAAAUAAAUCGUCAGUUUGUAAAAAAAAUUCAACAUCCCGUAUCUCGUAAACGAAGCAUUUGCGGACAUAAGUUUAUAAAGCAAACGGUCAUUAUUCCCGUAAAGUUUGUCGCACUUAUUUACAACGAACCUAUACUGAUGAAGAACAUGACUAGUUGUUAAAGUACAUAACUUUUGUAUUAUCCAAUAUAAGAGAAUUAAUCAAAGAACAGAAUGUUAAGAAAACCUGAGUCUAUAGUUCGGAUUUAAUUUCAGUAUUUUAUAAAUGCUAGAAUAUUCUACAGGGUCUUGCGAACUUUGAGAAAAAAACACAGUUUGAUUCGUACACUCGGUAUACAAUGAAAAUUUACCUGUUUAGCAAAAAUAUUAUUAAAGCGAUAUUGACAAAGAAUAAGGCUAUAACAUAUUGAAAAAAUCACUUAAAUGGGACAACAGGUUUAGGAGAUACGCGACAUUAAAAAUAACCCAUUUUUUAGGGUGCCCGUUUUCUAUGACGCGCAGUGUAUAAACUUCUGGGUAACUGAACUAUGACAUGUACUUUGCAUUUAUAUUUAUGUUUAAGUGACAGAUUCAAAAUGGCUGACGGACGCCAUUUUGUAAAACUGAUUCAUCAUUUCAAAAUUCUCUCACACAGUAUGUUCUUUAGAAAAUGAAAUAAUACUUUCAAAUGAUAUAUCACAGGUUUGUUCUAACACAAGGAGAAACCGUCCAUGUAACGAUCACCGUCCUGCGCAGUAAACAAAAUAACCCAUGGAACGCACGUUAUACAGACACAGAACGCAUGGGACGUAUUAUUUUAUAGUAACGUGAUCGUGACAUGACGGUUCUCGUUGUGUUGGAACAAACCUCACAUGUCAUAUAGGUAUUACAAAAAUGUCCUUGACGUCAUAUUUUUGACAAAUGUUAAGAAAAAGAAAUGUCUAUCAUUAUUUGCAAAUUAGAAAAAGUUAAAUGAUCUCUUAGAGUAUUUUCCGCAGAAUAUAAAGAAAACUAAAUUAUUAGAGGCAGUUCAUACUUUUUUCUACAUUGCAGUCCUUGCUUAAUGAAAGGUCGCCAUUUUGAUUGCAGCAGAAUCUCACAAUAUCUAGAAGUUUAUUAAAUGAUACAAGAGGUUCAAAUUUUGUAAGAUGUAUCACAUGCCAUACAUUUUCAUUUCAAAAAAAUGUCGAUAACGUUACAUUUUUGGUAGAUGUCAAUAAAUAAACCAACAAGUUAUAUCAUAAAGCGGGAAAAAUAAAGUAACUCUUUGAGCAUUUUUCAUUAAAGCUGAAGGCAUAUUAUUGCCGGUAGUCUAAAUUGUUUGUACACAGUCGCCAUUAAACUAUUGCUAUUUUGAAGUGAGGUAAUAGAAUCCCAUAAAAAAUUGUAGGAACUUAUUGAGUGAUGACAGUGCUGUCAAAUAAGGUAUUACUUGCAACGUAAUUCGGUUGAAAAUAUUUAUUCAAAAUAGCGUCCGCCUGCUAUUUUUAAUAAUUACGCUACUAAAAUUUCAUAUGAACAAUGUAUAGGUGUCGUAGUUCAGUUAACCAAACAUGUAUUAUAUUAAAGUUAUACGCUUUAGAAAAUAGUUGGGGAGGUGUACCUAUACUUUAGACUCUCACUGUAUAUCUAGUAUGUUACUUAUUUUUAUCUUUUACUAAAUGUACUUUGUAUAAUUAUCGUUUUAUUUAUAAAAAAUAUAUUAGUUAUGAAAUGUA